AGUCUGGGUCUACAGAUCAUACUGGGGAGAAUAUGAGCUCACGGGAAGCCAUCAUAACCAAGAUCCCGAGCCCCAGGACUGCAGCAUCCACUGCGUGCCACCCACAGUGGUAGUCCUUCAGCAAGAUGCUUGCCGGCAGUACAAGGACCAGGCAGUUAAAUAUCACCUGUGACAACUCAGUGGACGGGGAGGUCUUCCUCCAUUACUCUCUCAUCCCAUCACUCUUCAUCAUUUUGGUCUUGUCUUUCCUCCAAAGACGAGCGCAUCGGAGACAAAGAGAUGACACCUCCUACCUCUUGGGGAACCACUUUGGAAUCAUCGUGCCUCUGGACUUCGUGGGGACUUUUAGUAACCGAUGGUCCUAUGGAGUGGCCUUUGGGGCCACAGCCAAUAAGGUCAUGUUCUUGUUCUCAGAAGGCUACCAGCCCCUGAAGGUUCCGCAGUGGGCCCAAGCCUUUGUGCUUCUCAUUGGGGGCAUAGAAGUUGGCCUCUCCUACUUCCCCUUCUUUGCCUGCCUAUCCUCAGAGUUCCAGCUGGUCAGCUCCAUCCUGGGCUUCGGCUACUCCCUGACGUGGUUUGUGGUUACUGUUCUUCGGAUCUCACAGUGUCCCCAUGGGCAGUUUCUCGGGAGGUUUGAGACCCUCAUUUUCUACUGGCCCUCACUGUUGUGCCUGGGCUUCCUGCUGGGUCGUUUCCUGCACAUGUUCCUUAAGGCUCUGCCUAUCCACCUGGGCCUGGCGCCUCAGACAGAAGAAAAGUCGAUGCUGGAGGCCCACCAGGCAGAACACGUGAAGCAGCUCUUGAGGAAGCCCCGCCCACAAGAAGGAGAUAAGUCUUGGUUUCAAACCAGGGUGUAUGAGUGGGACCCCUGCUUCCAGUUCCCCAGCAGGAUGAUCGGGACCCUCGUGCUGGCCUUCAUCUGCCUCUACCUUUUCAUCGUCAUUGAGUUUUGUGUGUUUCUACAUGUGAGAGAUCAGCUGGACAUGUUUGAGGACAAGCUGGAGGGCUACCUCACCAACAUGAACGAGACAGGGACCUUGACCCCAGUCAUCCUACAGGUGAAAGAACUGAUCAGCGUCUCUAAGGGUGUCUGGGUGGUGACCAUUUUGCCUGCUGCCCUCACGUGUGUCACCUAUCUCUUCCACAUUUUGGCCUGUUACAGAAAGCAUAUGAAGAGGCUGUGGGCUGGAGACAAACACUUCCUCCCUCAGAAGUUCCAUAGUCCCUCUUCUGCAGCGAGUGUGGUGGCCAUUGCAAGGUACUCUGGCUGGCAAAUAGCCUACAUCCUCUGGGGCUACCUCAUCAUCCAUGUGGUCCAGAGCCUCUGUGGUAUGAUGCUCAUGUACGGCCUGGUGUUGCCUGUCAUCCACCACCGAGGCCUGGAAAUGCUGCAAGGGCUUGGCCUUGGAGUCCUCACCCUAUCCAUAGCCGUGGGCCUUAUAAUCCUACAAGUGUGGAUUGCUGGCACAUUCUUCCUGCAGCCCAAGCUGGGCACGGCCGACAAGCAGAAGCCCCUGGCUCUCAACAACAGGAGAGCCUUCCACAACUUCAACUACUUCCUGUUCUUCUACAAUGUGCUGCUGGGCCUGGGUGCCUGCCUCUCCAGGCUGCUCAUCAGCUGCCUCCUGGGCACAUGGCUGAUUGCACGCAUCGACAGGACCAUCAUGCAGAGCGGCUAUGAGGGUGCAGACAUGGGCUUCGGUGCAUGGAUUGGUAUGCUCUUUGUGGACCACUACCACACCAACCCUGUGUUGGUCAGCUUUUGCCACAUUCUGAUCACAAGCCACAAGGAUGGGAAGCUACAGAAGACUGUGAAAUACUGGUACCUGAACCAGUCAGCAGGUCCCCGAUUCUCAGCCAGAGCCAGAACGAGAUGGUUCCUGCUGCAGACGCUCAUCAACAAUCCCAGGCUCGUCAUGCUUAGAAAAUCAAAAUCAGGUCAUAGUUCAGGAGAGUUCACACAGAUUCUGCUGACCUGCUCAGACUGCUGAUUGGGCCACCAGCUUCUGCUCCCAGGCCAGGCCAUCCCCUCUCAUGAAGGUCUAGCUUAACUAGCAGCGAUUCCCUACAAUGGGACAGGAUGACAUGUCAUGCACAUGAUAGACAGCACUGACCGCUUGUGGGAUGGUCAUAUAGACCAAUGGUUUAAAUCUAGAAUGAUCUCAAUCCCUUGGCAAAAAAGAAAAACAAUAUGAAAAGCAAUGUCUGUGAAGCAAAUUUUGCCCAUCAGUGACCUCCAUUAUUUGUGGGAAGCCGCCAUGGGGGUCACCUGUUAGGAAGCAUGAAAUAGAGGCUGGAUAAAUGAGAGGGCUCAGGGGCUAACUGCACUAGAUUUUACUUGACUGAGGAUUCAAGUUUGGUUCCCAGCAUCCACACUGGGCAGCUCGCAAGUGUCUGUAACUCUAGCUCCAAUGGAUCUGACCCAUUUCUGGCUUCUUCAGGUACUUGCACAAAUGUGGCAGACACAUAUACACAUAAGUAAAAAUAAUUAAAAACAUGAAUCUGUAAAACAAUUCUUUUAAAAAAGAAGUAUGAAGUGAACUUUCUGCCUCAAGGCCUACUGGGAAUAGAAUCAGAUGAUCCAGGCCUUCCUCGUAAAGAUAGUCUGAGUCUAUCUGUGGGAUCACCUACGAAAGCCAAGCAGAAGUGGAAUAGGCCUGCAUUCCAGGUGGAGAGCAGGAACACUGAGUCUGUGUGAGCAGGAGACCCAAGGCAUUUAGAUGAUGCUGUUCAUGUUGGGUACAGAUGCUGAAAGACCGUGAAGCUAAUAAGACACACGUGUCAGGCUGGGAGGUGUGGCCAUUGUCCUUAUGCAGAGCUCAGUACUACCCAAAUGGCCCAGGACAGAUAUGCUCUGGCCAUUGAAAGUCUCUCCUGAGCCCGAACGAGUGCUGUGAGUCAUAUAGACCCAAAAUCUUGAGAGCUCGCACCCAGUUGCUGUGUAAACUUGGUCCUGCUGGUGCAUGCGCCAGGGUUGUUACUUUUAGCUGAGUCUUUAUGACAGCUCUUUGACAAUUUGUUUUGAGAAGCUAGGAAAAUUAAGAGCCCCUUCCCCACCCCAUACACAACACACGUCGCUUUCUAGCUCUGUGGCCAAACAACUUUGUCUUUCUCUAUUCACCGAUAUCUAUAUCUGCAAAAGGGGCCAACAUCCCGCUCCAUGUAUUAUCCUGAGGAUCAAAUCAUUCAAAGCACACAGAUUCAUGUAAGCUUGUGCCUGACACUCGAAACUCUCAAAAGCAGAGAUUCAACUUUGGUUGUCUCUAUGGUUUGAGUGUAAACAGUGUCUCCCAAAGACUCCCUGUUAAGACUUUGGUCCCUAGGAUGGCACCAUGCAGGGGGUGGGACCUUUAGGAGUGGUCCUUAAGUCACUGGAGGCAUGUCCUUGGAGGAGAUCAUGGGGCUCUGGUGGUUUUGUUUCUUAGCUGACGGGAUGAGCGUUUUUGUUUACUAGACAUUCCUAUCACACAUGACAUGAUGCCUCAUUAGAAGCCAAAAUCAAUGGGACAUUUCUUCGUAGACUGUGACUUCCAAAACCAUGAGCUCAAAUAAAUUUUUUUCUCUCCAUACA